CUUGAGAGGCGUGGGACAAUGCAGGCUUGCACUUGUAUUUCUCUGAUUUUUUGCGUCUUUGCACCAGUUUCUUUUGGAGCAGCAUCCAUUUCCGCUAGUGAUGUUUUUCGCUUCGCUUCCUACUAUGGGGACCACAUGGUUCUCCAGAGAGCUCCGGAGAGAGCGGUUGUGUGGGGAUAUGCAACACUUGGAGCUAAGGUCGAACUCUCUCUAUCAGGACAGAAAUUUAAACAAGUAAAAUCUGUCCAUGUUAUUAGUGGUGUUUGGACAGUGACUCUUGAGCCAGUACCAGCCAGUGGUCCCUAUAACCUGACUGCUAUUCAGAGAGGAAAUACUGUUACUGAGAUCGUGCUCACAGAUAUACUGUUUGGAGAUGUGUGGUUAUGUGGAGGACAAAGCAACAUGGCCUUCACACUUGCCCAGGUAUAUAAUGCCUCGCAGGAGUUGGCCAUGGCCUCCAGCUUCCCUGAUGUUAGGAUAUUCCAGGCUGCCCUGGAGCAGAGCAGUGUUGAGCUGACUGACCUCGCUGGGGUAGAGGUUCCGUGGUCCCGGCCUACACCAGAGUUGCUCGGGGGAAAGGAUUUCACCCACUUCUCAGCUGUGUGCUGGCUGUUUGGCCGCUACCUGCAUGAGACUGUGAAGUACCCAAUAGGCUUAGUGGAGUCCUGCUGGUCUGGCACUCCUAUAGAGGCCUGGUCCUCCCCAAGAGUGCUACACAAGUGUGGGCUACAGACAUCUGGGAGCAGCUAUCUUUGGGGUAAACAUUGGAGGAAUGGAGUGUUAUGGAAUGCCAUGAUCCACCCUUUGCUUAAAGUUACCAUCAAAGGAGUUAUAUGGUAUCAAGGUGAAGCGAACACGCUCUACAACCAAGCUCAGUACUCAUGCACAUUUCCUGCUUUGAUUGAUGACUGGAGGAUGGCAUUCCAUUCAAGCUCUGAGGGACAGACUGCAGAAGACUUCCCCUUUGGAUUUGUACAGCUAUGUACCUAUAAGAAUACCACACAAGAUGGAUUCCCAGAGAUUCGCUGGCACCAGACAGCAGACUAUGGCUUUGUCCCUAAUGAGCGUAUGAAGAAAACCUUCAUGGCUGUUGCUAUGGACUUGCCAGAUGAGACAUCGCCUUGGGGCAGUAUUCACCCACAGGAUAAACAGGACGUGGCAUAUAGGCUGGUGCUGGGAGCACAAGCUGUAGCCUAUGGGAUGAAUGUGUCAUUCCAAGGCCCUUUCCCCAAACAGGCCCUCAUCAUUAAGACCUUCAUAAAUAUUACAUUCAAUCAAAUGAUCACAGCCAGCCUCUCCAAUGAUAUGUUUGAGAUCUGUUGCUUGGAGGAGAAGAAACCGUGUGAAGCAGGUUCCAAAUGGUUCCCUGCACCAAUGGAUGAAUGGGGCACAGAUUAUGUUAUAGUAUCCAUGGCCAAGUGUCCUGUUGACUAUGUAGCCGCACUGCGCUAUGCCUGGAGUGACUGGCCCUGUGCUUUUAAAGCAUGUGCCAUCUACAGUGCAGAUGGAGUUUUACCUGCACCCUUGUUCCUCCUCAAUCUUUGGCCAGCAAGCAGCUGACAGAGUGCAUAGUCAUCCAAGCCCUAUCAGCUGUCAACUCAACUUUUUGUAUUCUUCAACUUCAUAGCAAGGAGCUUCAGAGUUGGGUGGAGACCCUGCCAUGUGGGAUUCCUCUUACUCCCGGAGCAGAGAAUAACUAAAAAGGGGAAGAGGCAGGGAAACGGUGCCCUAGGGAGACUCCCGAGUGACCACAAUGACGCAGAGGGACAGUCCACCAGGACCUCGUACAAUUCAAAGCCGCACCCUUCAGACUGAACUCAGAUACACCCUUGAGCAGGAACUCCACUCAUUUGUAGUCUUGUUCUGUCCUGCACAGGGUGUGAAUGAAAUCCAACAAUAACAAACCCUGAGAUAGUCACACAAGCAUUAAAGGAGACAUUAAGUUGUUGUCUUUGAUCACUUGCAUUCUGGUCAUGUACCUUCAUACAAACAUCCAUCCGCAUGGAACCUGUUAGUGUGCAUGGAAUUUAACUUUGCUAAAUUAUGCAUCACUAUUUUAGUUAGAAACAGAUUGUGCCAUUCUUCCUGGAAUACCAGGAGCGUGUUUUCCUUCAGAUCCUCUUCAACCCAUCUUCAAACUUAAUAAUGACCAGAGAACUUGCUUUCAUGUAACCCAUAUUUACCUAUAUGCUCCUGGGCUUUGUCUCUAAUACCAUGCUAAGCAUUGCAUGUCUGCCUGUCAGGACUGCAGGCUUUGUACAAGAUAUAUACCAUACUAUUGCUACAUUUUGCAAUUGUAAUAUGUCUUGGACUCUAUUAAAAGCACAUUAUUGAGCCUUUAA